UCGGCAGGCGGACUCUCAACCACUGCGACACCAGGGAAGCCCGAAACUUCAUUUUUAAUUUUCAGUUAUGGUCCACAUGCUGAAGGGUUACAGCCUGGGAUUUAGAAAACCAAGCCGUGAAAAAGACCUGAAAUGCUAUGUUCAAGGCUGGUCAGCCAGCCUACGAUUCCUUCCAGGACACAAGCCCAAAGGCACAAUCUGGGACGGUGAUAUAUUAUUCUAUGCCAGUGACAUCGCACAGUUAGGACAACCCUGUUCACAUCCCCAAAGUUGUGAGUUUAUAUCAAUACUUCAGUCUGCAGGUUACCUAAUGAUUUCUACAGGGCUUUCCCACUUGGACGUGAUGGACCCUCAUCUCUCAGCUCUCCCCACGCUAUCAUUUGAGGAGUAAGCCUGGGGCCUUGACUGUAUUUCUUUGAGGCCAGUUUGUGAAAUGAUGCGUAGACCAACCAGUCCUGGCAAUAAUCGAAAGAGGGGAAGUUGGAGAGAGAGACAGCCAGGCUCAGAAUCAAUCAUCGCUCAGUGGAUACCUUAACCACCAGUAACUCAAGAAAGCAAAGCUCUUCAAGAACGAACAGCUCGUGUCUCUCACUGGCACCGCUGGGGGAUUCCAGAAAAACUGGCGACCGCAGGAAAGCUACCAGAUCCCAAAGGGUCUUGUUAGAUGCUCAGGGCUUUUCUUUUCUUUAAAGUUGAAUCAUCAGGUUCAUAGAGACAGGCAGCAGAAUGGGAGUUUCCCAGGGCUGCAGGGACUGGGGAGGGGGGUAGUGUUUAAUGGGGACAGAUUUGCAGUCUUACAAGACAAGGAGCUCUGGAGAUCUCCUGUUAAGUAGACUUAACACUACCAAACAGUUAAAAAUAGUUAAGGUGGUAAUUUUUAUAUUAUGUAUAUUUUGUUAUAAAAAAUGAAAAAAAGAAGAGUUGAAUUAGCUGCCAACAUACACAAGUGAAGACAUCACUGUUACAAAUCUCGGCUCCCCGCUGCCCUUCUGUGUGGCCAGAUCACGUGAUACGGCGGGGUGCCCGCCUGGGGGCUGUGAGUGACAGCCCCGGGUCAGCUGCGUGGCUCUGCCUGUCACAUCCCAAGUUCCUGGGUCUCAGACUCCUGUGCUGGAGCAAAUGGAACACACUCUCCACACCUGCCCCAGAGCAAUUAAGAUGCAAAACUUUAGAAAAGUUCUUUACUACACGCUCUUAGCUGCGCUUGACAGAUAAAUUAGGCAAAGAGCAAACGUGGUCCCACGGGAGGGCAGCACAGGCUGGCUGGGCCGCACUCAGAGGGGCUUCUGUGUCGCCCUGCAGCCGAGGUCCCCCUCUGCCGCUGCUCCAGGCCAGCCGCCCUGCCUGCUUCUGCAGACUUGGGGCCACUCAACAGGUCCUGAGGGACGAAGGGCACUUCAUCCUUCGCCACUUCGUCCUCCUUCCUCCUUCCAGGACACUGCCUCCCGGGAGCCCCAGGCCUGCAGCCAGGACCCUGAAUGGGGACAGUGUGUGAUCUCAGAGGGCCCACUCGUCUGCUCCUGGGAAGCAGAAGCCCAGCCCACCAAGGGCCAACUUUGGGGAAGAUCUGUGGUGUGGAAUCUGUGCCCUGGAAGCAAAGAAAUUCCUGGUUCUGGACGGCUCACAGAGGGAACCACAAGAGGAAAUGGGUGAGCUGUGAGGGGCAGAGGAUUGAAAACCCUAGGUUUUCAAGAAGAAAACCUACAGUGUUUCCUGCAUCUCUACGUUGGAAUUUAUCACUCGUCCAAGCACAACAGAUAACUGAGCGGGGUAUUCCGCCACCUCUCCAAAAACAAUACGGCCACGUGUCCAAAGUCCACCGCUCCCAAAACCUCAUAUCCGUCUAUGAAGGGUCCCUCUGUGGUACCCACCUCGUACCAGGUAAAUCCUGCUGCUGUCACUGAGCAGGCACAGUGCUUUCCAUUUCUAUGUGGGCUUUGAACAGACCAUAAAUCCAUGGAUGAACUAGUCAGAUUUUGACCACAUUUCUUUCCACAAAGGCGAGGUGAGCUACGAUGAAUUUAAGCCUAGAGGCCUGCACAGGAAAAUCCUACAGAUUCCUUCUUCAUAAAUUGAGGAUGAGACGUGCGGAGGAUGCCCAGCGAGUUCUCGCUUACCCCCAGAUGCCCAGGUCGUGUAAUAGCUCUUUGGACGAAUGGCUGGGAAAGCUCAGCCUUCCUCGGUUCUGGGCCAGCGCACCAGCGACCGCCCACGGCUGUGGCUGAGCCACUACCCUUUCGGGGCUCAGAUGCCUGGUCCCUAAAUUAGGCCCUGUAUGUUUCCUGACCUACGACUCCGUGAUUUUGUCUUUAAUUUGCAGGAGGCAGGGAAUAAAGAUCAGAUAAUAUCUUGGAAGAAAUGGGCAAAAAAGUUGGAAGAGAAGUUGUUGCUGGGGGUGAUGGCAGCCAGCCCUAUCUGCCUUAACCCCAGGGAAGAGGGAUCCCUCUUUGCUUUGAGAUCAGAGCUCAGCCUUUCUAGUUCCCAGAGAGAUGCUGCAGCCUGAAUCUCGCAGCCCUGGUGGGCAAAGAGAACUUGGCCUGAAGUGCGUCAUUCCCCCAGCUACAAAGAGCCCCGUGUUAGGCAUGUCUUCACCUGGGAGGAAGGCACCUUAUCACCACAUUCAAGGGGAGAGGAGGGGAGAGAGGCCACAUUAUCAUUAGUUAAUUUCUGCUCUUGUGACAGGUACAGAGAAACAAUGGGAAGAUGACAUGGGGAAAGCAAAGGUUCCAGGAAAGGUCCAGGUGUAUCACUGAACAGUGAAGUCCUUAUAAAUAAAUGAUGUCAUAUAGUCACAAAGGGGUUUUUAGAAAGCCUUACGCUACACUGGGUGAACACAAAGAGGCCAAACACUGCGUGCCUAACAAGGCUGUCUUUAUUCCGUGGAUCCCAACGCUUCCUUCAGCCGCUAAGGAGACCGCAGACGCUCUGGAGCACCCCAAGUUCAGAGGAACAUCGGGACACUGGAAGGCUUCCAGGAAGGAGCCGCCAAGUGAGUCACAGGCUGCAAAGGGCAGCGUGACAGGAGAGGGUCAGCCGCACGGAGCCCCAGGUAAGCACGGCGCUCUGAGCCCACCGGCACCAGCACAACCCGCAAAUAAUCACCAGGACCCCCGUGAAGGUUCCCCUUCUCCCCAGAACUGGGGCCGGGCAGCUGCAGACCACACCUGGGCUCUCGGCCAGAGAGCCCACAACAUAGUUAUAACCUGCAGAUCCAGGGGCCGCGGCUGCUGGCCUGAGGGACGGAGAUUAGCUGUCGGCUGCCAGAGACACGGUCCCACGGGGGGUGACCAGCCAGGCAGAGUGGUGUCCGGGUCAGUGCAAGGCACGCACCGGCGCUCUCGCCUCUGUCCCCUCCUCCCACGCAGCCCUUCCCCUCGCUCUCCUUCCCUCCCUUCCCCCUCCCGCCGCCACAGUGACGCCCGCUCGCUGGCCUCCCGUUCCAUUCGCUGCUUCAGUCCGGGGAGUAAUGAGAUGUUACAACAGACCGCCCUUGAGGCCUCCGUGACCCUGCAGACCAGCCUCCAAGACCACAGGGUCUGCAAAGACGCGCAGCCAGCACACCGCCAGGGUCACGGGAGAGACCGUGGAGGCCACUGCACCGCCUCGGUCCUGCCCACCUGCCGCCCAGCCUGCAUCUCGCACCGCAGUGUGGGUCAGAGGUCAAGGAUGCAGUCUUCUGGAAUCCUGGGUCUGUCCUCUUCCACUUACGCAGCCUGAGCCUGUCUUUCCCUCAAAUGCACAACCUCUUACCCUAAAUUUAAUUUUUUAAAAACCCAGAGGCAGCAAGAUGUGGGAGAGUUACUUCAUCUUCGGUGUUUGAAAUCAGUGAUCUGAAAACACAUGGCUUUCAGGUGCACUAACGUGGCCAUUACCUGGGGCAGUUUACAGAUGAAUUACUCAUGCUUCAGGAGAAGCUCUCCCGAGUCUUUUCUUUCCUUUUUUUAACAAUCCUGUGUUGACUGAGAACAAGCAAGGAAACCAGCAUGGAGAACACCGUUAGCCAGCCCACCUGGAGGGACAGAAAGAAACCUCAUAAACGUGACAACCAUCCUAUAGUUCAGAUUUGGUCAGGGUUCCGGGUCCACCUGUGAUCCCAUGAUCGGCGGUUGUCUGUGAUGUAAGGACACAGGACGGAAUGUCUGCUGCCCCAGACAUGGAGUGUGGACGGGUGGACGGAAAGGCAAGCCGUGCGGCCAGAAUUCAGUGCCGACUUGGGGUCGGAGCUGCUCCUACUUCUCUGCCUCCUUCCAGCUCUUCUGCGGCUUCCCCAGGACCCCUGGAGCCCAGGCCUCCUCCUGCCACCUGCACCCCGUCUUGCAGGCUCUGCAGCUGCGGUGUGAGGUUCCACAGGGCCCCCUGCUCACCCUGUGUCACAGGAGCAGUUGGGUAAAGCUGGAGGGGCCACCGGAGGAAUCCAGGCCCAGGCGGAUAAAGGCCAAUGUCCUACGAGACAGUGGAGGAGACAAAGGGCCCAGGACCCAGAGGGCCCCGAGGAGGUGCAGCCCAGGCAGCUCGUGGGGCUGGGGUCUCAGAGACCCCAGGUUAACCAUGGCAGAGCAUGAAUGGAGGAAUGGAUAAACAGAACGUGUUCUGUCCAGACAGUGGAAUAUUAUUCAGUCUUGAAAAGGAAGGAAAUGCUGACACCUGCUACAACAUGGCUGAACCUUGAGGGCGUGAUGCCCAGUGAAAUAAGCCAGUCGCAAAAGGGACAAAUAGGGUCGGAUUCCACUUAUAGGAGGCACCCAGAGCAGCCAAAUUCACAGAGACAGAGUAGAGUGAUGGGUGCCAGGGGCUGGGGAGGGAAAGUAUGAGAGGCACGCAUGUAACGAGUACAGAUUCCAGUUUUGCAACAUGAAAACGCUCUAGAGGUGGAUGGUGGGAUGG